AUAACGGCAUACCCCUCCCCUACCCCCUCCUCAACCCCUACCCCCGCCCACCCUUUGUAUUCUUCUGCUCUCUUUAGUUGCCUUUUUCAGUGAGACCAACUAGCAAACACCUUCUCUGCAUUUCUGCUGCAUCUACAUACUCUCCCCUCUCAGGCUCCUUAUUUGAGUCUUUUCUACUCACUUCUCAGUGGGGUUUUAGGAGCACAAAAUGGAGAAGAAACAAGGGUUUUUCUCAGCACUGAAAGAUGAAGUUGUUAGGGGAUUAUCACCGGGUAAGUCCAGAGGAAGAAGCCCAUCACCUUCGGGUUCGGGUCUGCUCCGAAGACGGAAGGGAGGUCACGCGCAACCACCGGAAGUGUACAUUUCAAGAUCGGGUAGUCUGAGGCCAUGUGUUGAGACAUUGUCGCCGUUGAUGGAGGGUCCGGAUCCGAACGGGUCGGAGGUUGGGGACUCCAAGUCUGAGAGGUGGUGGAUGAAAGGUCAACUAUGUCGGGCGCCUUCUGUUUCAACUUCCGGGUCGGGUUUACAACGGUCCGAUCUGAGGUUGCUUCUUGGUGUCUUGGGUGCGCCGCUUGCCCCGGUGCAUGUUAGCAACAAUGACCCUUUGCCUCAUCUCAGCAUCAAAGACACUCCCAUUGAGACUUCGUCUGCUCAGUAUAUAUUGCAGCAGUAUACUGCAGCCUCUGGAGGACAGAAACUUCAAAACACGAUUUAUAAUGCUUAUGCGAUGGGAAAGGUGAGGAUGUUGGCAUCAGAUAUUGAGACGGCAACGAAGGUAAUAAAGAGCAGGAAUUCGACUAAGACAGCUGAGUCUGGGGGAUUUGUGCUCUGGCAAAUGAACCCAGACAUGUGGUAUGUGGAGCUUGCACUUGGUAGCAGUAAGGUUCAUGCUGGUUGCAAUGGGAAACUUGUGUGGAGGCAUACCCCUUGGCUCGGUGCACAUGCUGCAAAAGGACCAGUUAGACCAUUGCGACGUGCACUUCAGGGACUUGAUCCAAGAACUACUGCAAACAUGUUUGCUAGUGCAAAAUGCACGGGAGAAAAGAAGAUCAGUGGUGAGGAUUGCUUCAUUCUUAAACUUUGUGCUGAUCCACAUACAUUGAAAGCCAGGAGUGAAGGACCAGCAGAGAUCAUUAGGCAUGUCUUAUUUGGCUAUUUUAGCCAGAGAACAGGACUUCUUGUACACUUGGAGGACUCACAUCUGACCCGAAUCCAAACAAAUGGGGGCGAUGCUGUUUACUGGGAGACGACAAUCAAUUCAUUCCUUGAAGAUUACAGGCCUGUUGAGGGGAUCAUGAUUGCUCACUCAGGACGAUCUGUUGUAACCCUUUUCCGAUUUGGUGAAACAGCUAUGAGUCACACCAAGACCAGGAUGGAAGAAGCAUGGACUAUUGAAGAAGUGGCAUUCAAUGUUCCGGGCCUAUCAGAAGAGUGUUUCAUUCCUCCAGCUGAGCUAAGAUUUAGUUUAAUUGGCGAAGCGUGUGAGCUUUCUCAGGGAGAACGGGUAAAGACUACUGUGGCUGCCGCUGCUGCUGCAGCUUACCGAGCUAAGGUUGCUGCUCUGGAUAAAUCACGUGACGGCAAUGUCAAUAACAUUGUAUUGAAGAUGAAUUAUUAGAUCUGCCACUAAUUUCUUAAGAGUUUAGGUCUUGUUGGUAUAAAUAGGCUGACAGAACCAGGUAAAGUAGUAGUAAGUAAGCUAGGGGUCAGAUGAUUGAGGAAUUUUGAGGUUUUAUACAAGUCUAUCUCAAUCUGUAAAUAUUCAUAGGAUAUCUUCUUGUUUCAAUUAAGAUUCCCUUUGUGGAAUCAACUCUAUCAAUCUGCAGUUCUGGCCUAAUAAUGUAGGUCUUUUCUUUUUUCAUUUUU